AUGGCCGCCACUUCAAUCUUUGCAGAUAUCUCCACAGUCGGAAAAUGCGCCGCACUGUUUCCCAAGACGGUUGCCGCAUGCGAGGACCUGGUUAAGGCAGCGAAGCAUCGCGCAGAGCAGUCGCUGGGGAAGAUCUACGGCAUCGCUCCUCCCAACCGCACCUUCCAAAACACCGCCAAGUCCAUUGAUAUGGCGUCAAUUGAACUGGAGGUGUCGGCCAGUCUGCUGUCCGUCAUCGCAAGCGUGUCUCCGAGCAAGGAGGUGCGUGACGAGGCAACCAACCGCGUCGUAGAGCUCGAGACUUUUUCUAUCGACAAUUUCGAGUCGAACCGCCAGCUGUACUCUGCGCUGAAGGAGGUGUGUGCCACGCCGGCGUAUGAGGCCGUGUACGCGAGCGGGAAGGCACCGCGUGAAUACACGUACUGGAUGGAGGAGCAGCUUGCUGAUUACCGCCGCAAGGGUAUGGAGCUGCCAGAGGAAGAGUUCCAGAAGGUCGUGCAGCUGCAAAAGGAGCUCGCGUCGCUGUGCACUGUGUUUCAGCAGAACAUCAGCGAAGACAAGACCGAGGUGCAUUUCACGGUGGAUGCGCUGAAGGGCGUGCCGGAGAGUGUGCUGUCGGCACUGCAGCGCACGGAGGCUGGUGAGUGCACGGUGAAGAUGGACUACCCGACCUACUUCGCCGUAAUGAAGAACUGCGAGGUGGCGUCAACGCGUCAGGCGGUGGCGCAAGCCUUCACAAAUCGCGCGUACCCCGUGAACGACAAUGUGCUGAAGGACAUCAUCGAAAAGCGCCAUCAGCUGGCAGUCCUCCUCGGCUACCCAUCCUUCGCCCAUCUGUACAUCUCGGACAAGAUGGCGAAGAAGCCGGAGAUGGCGCAGGCGUUUGUGGAAAACCUGAUCCCGAAGGUGCAGAAGAAGUGGGCGACGGAGGCGGAGCUGCUCAAGAAGCACCUGCACCCCAGCUGCUCGCUGUCGCCUGCAGGGGAAAUCCAGGCUUACGACAUCCCUUUCAUGAUCAACCAGAUCAAGAAGACGCUGCUGAAUGUGAGCGAGACAGAGAUCCAGGAGUACUUCCCGAUGGACGCGACAGUGAAAGCGCUCUUCGACAUCUACCAGUCCUUCUUUGAUAUCACGUUCCUGCAGGUCGACAACGGGUCGGAGCUGUGGCACAGCGAAGUAAAGACCCUGGAGGUCAAGGACAAGAAGAGCGGCUGUAUGCUGGGCUAUAUCAUCCUUGAUCUAUUCCCUCGUGAAGGCAAGUACUCGCACGCGUGCUGCCACUCUGUGGUGCCGCCCGUGCUUCUCAAGGAAGAUGGAAACGACUUCUCCCCGGCACUGGCCGUUGUCAUUGCGAAUUUCCCAGGAGCCACAGCCGACCGGCCGGCGCUGUUCCUCCACGACGACGUCGAAACCUUCUUCCACGAGUUUGGCCACGCUAUUCACUCUCUGAUGGGGAGGACGCGUAUGGCGACCUUUGCAGGCACGCGUGUGAAGCGUGACUUCGUAGAGCUGCCGUCCCAAAUGCUUGAGGAGUGGCUGUGGGAACCGGAAAUUCUGCAGACGAUCACGAGCCAUUACAAGACGAAGGAGCCGCUGCCACGCGCGUUGAUCGACGCCAAGGUGGCAUCGAAGAACGCCUUCAGUGGACGCGACACGCUUCGCCAGCUGCAGUUCGCGACAUAUUCGCUUCAGAUUUUCGGACUGCCAUUCUCGACACAGCCGCGCGACAGCCUCAACACUACGCAGCUCUUCUACGAUUUGGAGCCGCGCGUGAUGCCUGGUGUGCAGUACGAGCACAACACGCACUUUGAGAGCGCAUUCGGGCACUUGACGGGCUACGGUGCCGGCUACUACGGGUACAUGUGGUCCAAGGUGUUUGCCUUGGACUUGUUCGAGUACAUCCGCUCGCACAACGGUCUCCUCGACCCAAAGAUGGGCUGCCGCUACGUGGACUGCAUCAUCGGUGUCGGCGGCAGCCAGGACCCGAACGACAUGCUUGUCAAGUUCCUCGGGCGCGAGCCGAACAAUGAGGCAUUCCUGCGCAGCAUUGGUGUGUAG